UUCUAACUUCUAGGUCUACGCUACGCAAUCCUCCCCUGUAAUUGCUCUAUAGAUUGAUGGGUUUACGUUUUUCCGGAUCAUGUCUAGUCUUGAACACCUUUCAUCUAGUGUCUCAGGCCCCUUGUUUAAUCAAUUGAAGCAUGUACUUCAACCUUAUUCUAUAACUGCUCCUCGAGAGCUUGUGUCUGAAUAUAAGCGUACAGUUCAUUUACUUUCUCUUUUUCUUAUGUCUGAACGUCUCUUUACUCUUACAUCCGGAACUACUCGUCGUGUCUGAAUAUGUCAUUGUUUACGCGUACAGUUGGGCUUAUAUGUGUGCCAAGCGGUUCAUUGGAGUUUCCUGUCUGAACAAUGUCUUUGUUUACGCAUGCCUUUGGCUUUUCCAGUUGAGAGGAAAGCAUAAUUUACUCGGAGCCUGUUCCACGUCACUGUUUAAUGGGCUGCUUUGGUUGCAGUGGAGGAGAGGAUUUUCGUAGAGCUGCUGAAACCAGACCAAGGCCGGUGCUCAACCCUGCAGGUUAUAAUGGAGGUCACCAUAAAAGAAGUCCACCCAAGGACCGCCCGUUCAUUGCUAUGCAGCCUAUAGCUGCACCUGCCAUCCCCGUAGUAGAUGAACUGAGGGAUAUAACCGAUAACUAUGGUCCAAAGGCUUUGAUCGGCGAAGGCUCAUAUGGAAGAGUGUUUUAUGGUGUUCUUAAAAGUGGUAAGGUGGCCGCCAUCAAAAAGCUGGACUCCAGCAAGCAAAUUGAUCAAGAAUUUCUCGCCCAGGUAUCGAUUGUUUCGAGAUUGAGACACGAGAACGUUGUUGCGCUUCUUGGUUACUGUGAUGGCGCUCUCAGGGUUCUUGCUUAUGAGUACGCUUCUAACGGUUCUCUUCAUGAUAUCCUUCAUGGUGUCAAAGGAGAACAGCCAGGUCCAGUUCUAUCUUGGCAACAGAGAGUUAAAAUUGCUGUUGGGGCUGCCAGAGGGCUCGAGUACUUGCAUGAGAAGACUAGCCCUCCUAUUAUCCACCGAGAUAUCAAAUCCAGCAAUGUGCUUCUGUUUGAUGAUGACAUUGCCAAAAUCGCUGACUUUGAACUGUCCAAUCAAGCCCCCGACAUGGCCGCACGCCUUCAUUCAACUCGUUUGCUUGGAACCUUUGGCCACCAUGCACCAGAAUACGCAAUGACGGGAACAUUGAGCACAAAGAGCGAUGUGCUUUGCUUUGGAGUUGUCCUGCUAGAGCUUCUAACAGGGCGUAAACCUGUGGAUCGUACAUUACCGCGUGGACAGCAGAGUCUUGUGACUUGGGCAACACCUAAGCUGAGUGAAGACAAGGUGGUGAAGCAGUGUGUUGAUGCGAGACUGAACGGGGAAUACCAUCCAAAAGCGGUCGCUAAGCUGGCGGCUGUGGCAGCGCUGUGUGUGCAAUAUGAGGCAGACUUCAGGCCGAACAUGAGCAUUGUGGUGAAGGCUCUUCAACCUCUUCUUAACCCUCCUCGCUCUGCUCCGCACCGUCAUCCUCUCUGAUGAACCCCUCCUCCCUCCCCCCUUUUUCUCUCUUCCUGUAAAUCCCUGUGGAUGGAUGAUGGCCUUAUUUGAGGGAUGGAUGGAUGAUGACCUUAUUUGAUUCAAGGACUCCAUUAUUUUCCAGAGACGCCUUCUGAUUUUAACAGUUUGUGAGGAUGAU